GUUUGGGUCAGUGCAACUCAAUGAUCAUCUCUGUUUACGUGCUGCGCAAUAGUCACGAGACCACUCGUUGCACAACAGUAGGUGCAAAACUUGCAGUGUCAUCGUUGCAGCGCCACUUAGUGAGUUUUCCCGGACCACAACCGAUCGAGAACCGACGAUGUCUCUCACCGUGAAAGCCUAUCUGGAGCGGCCGGGCGGGUCGGCCGACCAGCCCGCCCAGGAGAUCCGCCGCUUCGCGAUCGACCAGGACGUGUCGUCCAACUACGAGUACCUGUCCCGUAAGGUGGCCCUGGUGUUCCCGUCGCUCAACGAGCCCGGAGACUUCCAGCUUUUCUGGAAAGACAACGAAGGUGACCUUGUGUCCUUCUCCAGUGAUGAGGAACUGAUGGAAGCCCUUGGAUAUGAUGGCAUGGUCAAUGAUGGCAUCUUCCGCAUCUAUGUGAAAGUGCGUGGCGGUGGUAGCUCCCAGCCUGAUGGAAUCUUCCACCCCAAUGUGGUGUGUGACGGCUGUAACGGCCCAGUGAUGGGGUCACGCUUCAAGUGCACGGUGUGCCCCGACUUCGACCUGUGUGGCACCUGCGAGGGGCUGGGUCUACACCCUGAACACGAGCUGCUCCGUCUGAGGAACCCAGCCGCACCGGGACACCCCCCGUUCUACGCCGGGAUGUUUGGCCCCCCUCCUCCCCCUGGAUGCCCUCCUGGACACCCCCCACCCCCUGGACAUGGCCCCCCUCACCACGGUGGCCCCCCUCACUACCCCGGACAGCACGGAUUCGGACCAGGAGGGCCUGGCUGGUUCAUGCCUCGCCGUUGGUGGCGUCAGUGGGCCCGCGGGAUGUUCGGACCCAACGGAAACGGCAGGCGCCGCUGCCGUGACGAGGAGGCCGAACCCGAGGCUGCUGAGGAGGCUAAACAGGCACCCACUGAUGGGGAGGAGCCACAGGAGUCAACCAAUCAGGAGGCAGGAGGUGAUGAGGGUAACCAGGAGACAGGUGGAGCGGCUGGACCACGUGAGGAUGGCGGUGAGGCCCCGCCCGCGUUUGAUUACCUGCAGCACGUAGGACAGGCGGUGGCAAGCAUGCUGGAUCCCCUGGGCAUCGAUGUCGACAUCGACGUGGAACACCAGGGCCAGCGCAGGAAGUGUCCCCGCCGCUGGGCGGAGUUCGAGGGCGCGUGGGGUCAGGGUCAGGGCGCGGAGGGCUGGGGCUGGGGCUGCGGGAAGGGAGGAGGAAAGUGCGGCAAGAAGGGCAUGAGGAAGGCCAUGAAGAUGCAGAGGAAAAUGCAGAAGAAGGGAAAGAUGGCGGGGGAGAAGAAGGGAGCUGAGGAGGAGGAGGAGAGGGAGGUACCCGUUACCAUGGAAACACAGGAGGGACAGGAGCAACAGGCUGAGAAACAAGCAGACCAGGAGGUCAUGGAGGUGGCGAAGGACGACAGCAGCAGCGAUGCAGACGGCUGGACCCACCUCAGCCCUAAGGAGGGAGAGUUCACUAACGCUGAGACAGGGGAGGGACCAGAGGCCACUAAACAGAAGCGCAAGGAGCAAGCUGUGGUGACGGCUCAACCACCUGCUGCUGGAACUGCAGGCACAGGGGGCGCUCCUGUCACCACCCAGCCGUCCCCCUCCCGCCCGACUGCCCCUCCCCCAGCCAUGGCUGCUGCGGAGUUCGAUAAACAGCUGGCAGAGGCAAUCGCACAGAUGGAGGCCAUGGGCUUCCGCGAUGACAAUGGCUGGCUGUCCUCCCUCCUGGUCGCCAAGAACUACGACAUCGCGCAGGUGCUGGACUCCCUGUACCCCUCCGGGCGCAAACCAGACAGCCUUCCGCCGUACGUGUAAGACGGCGUACUCUCCCGCUCAACCUCACGUGAUGACGACAAGAACACCGCUUCUAUAUCGUAUACACAGCAAAUAGUUGUAUCAGCAAUUCUUGCACUUGCCUCAAAGAUAUCUGUAACUAUCUAAAUAUGGCAAUCACUCGAGAUCUUUAUUUGCAAUCAGAUACAGAUUCAUGCACCAAUACAGAUCUGUAUAACUAGGUAUACAGCAUAAGGAGAGGAUGUACAACAGACAAGGCAUCCAAACGUCUGUUGUAGUGUGCCGAUCAAGGUCAUAUAAAGGUCAUACAACAACCUGUACAUCAGCCAGUCAUGAGUAGAAGUUACACAUCUACUUACUUACGUACACACAGAAGUCAGCUGGAUAACACUAAGAUUCAAUUAGCUGGAUUCACUAGUAGUCAUUGCUUCACCUUUAAACAGUUUGAAAUUUUUCACUGAAAAAUUUGCAAACGACAAAUGCUUUGGUGAUUUUUCUUAUUUAAAAGUUCAUGGUUCAUGAAGAAAGUUUAAACUACACGUCUCACAUUUUUGUCAUCUUGUCAGUGAGGAAAGGGGAGAUAUGUUUUAUUGCUUUUAUUAUUUUAAUCAACUUUAUUAUUAAUCAGCUUCUUACUCUUUCACUAUGUUAUUCACUAUCUUGGCAUUUAAAAGCUCAACAAGGAAUGUGUUGUAUAAGAUCUGGCAUAUGUGGAAUAUUGAGAAUGUGAAGCACCUUACGGCGUAAGGGUCUGUGUGUGCAGGUUGAAGUGUUCUUAAGAUGGCCUUAAGAUGAGAGAGAAAAAAGAGAAUGUAUGGCUUAAAAUGGUACAGAGAAUGUGGAAAUUAUGAAAAAUAAAUGGUUA